AACCCUAACAUUUGAAGGGCUUCGAAAUGUUUUCUCAUUGUGCCUCUUUCUUUUCCCUCUGUCACCCGACACUCUCUCGCCUCUGCCUCUCUCAAUCACUCUCGCCUGAGUCGGCUCUGCCUCUUUUUUUUUCCAAAUUUUCUCAGCCGAUCUCUCACUUUCUCUCUCACCCGCUCUCUCUCAUCACUCGACUCUCUCGCCUCUGCCUCUCUCAGUGACUCAAGUUCCUCUUUUUUUUCCAGAUUUUCUCACCCGAUCUCUCAGUCACUCAGUCUCUCAGUCACUCUCUCUCUCUCACACUUGCUCUGACUCUCGUCUCCCUCAGCCAAUUUCUACAUGGUUCUCUCUCAGCCACUCUCGUUCUCUGUCAGCCGCUCUCUCUCAGUCUCUCUCGCUCUCUCUCAGUCAUUCUCAGUCUCCCUGUCUCGAUUUUUGUCGGUUUGAGAAUUGAUUUUGGGAUCAUAGGAAACGAUUGUCUUGCUCUAGAGGUGCAAAUUUGAUUUGAGGAGUAGGAAACGCAUGGAAUUGUAUAUGUAUAUGUAAUGAAAAUUUAUUUGUUUUCAUUUGGAUUUUCUUUUGAACUUUGCAAAUAUGCCAAAUAUGCAGAUUGUGAUUGAGAUUACUCUCACAAUUUGCAUUGGUAUCUAAUAAUUAUUAGAUUAUUUGGGCAUGUGUGGUGGAUGAUGAUUUUCUUAGGUUUUAAGGGUUUUUUAAGUAUUUGAAUGAUGAUAAACUUUAGAGCAGUUUCAGCAGUUGCCCCUUGUCAUGUGAAUAGUGGCUGCCCUUGCAAAAAGCAAUGUUACUUUCCAGCAAUUGUCAUAGCAAAGGAUUUUAGAAUUUGUACUCCAUUCUCAAUGGCAGACAUGAACGAGGUCUUAGAGAGGCAAAUGCGAGAAUUUAGAGAAAGAAGGCAUAGACAAGCUUCAGGCAAAAGGGCGCAGAUAGAACUGGAUAUGCAAAUUGUCACAGCAGUGGCUAUGCUUGAUGAAGAAAACCAGAGAUGCCGUAGUUCACGAGAAGGUCGUGACUCGAAUGUUGACAGACAUAGACAUUCUCGGGGUAAGAAUCUUCUGGAAGAUUAUUUUAUCCCAACUUCUCUGUACUCUGAUGUUGAUUUUCGAAGGAGAUAUAGAAUGCAAUCUCAUUUGUUCAAUAAAGUCAUGCAUGAUAUUUGCAAUUAUGAUGAAUAUUUUGUUCAAAAGAGAAAUGCUACUGGAAAUUUGGGACUGCUUCCCGAGCAAAAGUUCACAGCUGUUAUACGAAUGUUGGCGUAUGGGUCAUAUGCUGAUCAGGUGGAUGAGAUUGCCCGGAUGAGGAAGUCCACUACUUUGGAGAGCUUGGUGAGAUUUUGUGAUGCAGUCGAAACUCUAUAUAGUAGGGACUACUUGCGCAGACCUACGCCUAGGGACCUCCAACGGCUUCUACAAAAAGCUGAAGCUCGAGGAUUUCCAGGAAUGGUUGGUAGCAUCGAUUGUAUGCACUGGCAGUGGAAGAAUUGCCCGAUCGCUUGGCAAGGAGAUUAUGGGAAUCGGAAAGCCCAAAAAAGCAUCAUCCUUGAAGCCGUUGCAGGUUUUGAUACGUGGGUUUGGCAUGCUUUCUUCGGAUUUGCCGGAUCUCAAAACGACUUGAACGUCCUAGGUCAAUCCCCGGUGUUCAAUGAAGUUUUGAGAGGUGAAGCCCCAAAUAUCACCUAUCAAAUCAACAAUAUCGUCUACCAAAAUGGGUAUUAUCUAGCUGAUGACAUCUAUCCGAGGUGGACCACAUUUGUGAAAUCAAUUCCGCAUCCCCGAUCCCAGGAGCAAAAAUUAUUUGCUACCUAUCAAGAGGGGUACAGAAAAGAUGUGGAGAGAUGCUUUGGUAUCCUCCAAGCCCGGUGGGCUAUUAUUAGGGGUGCGGCACGUAUGUUUGAUGAGGAGGUGCUGAGGAGCAUAAUGAUGACAUGCAUUAUCCUUCAUAACAUGAUUGUGGAGGAUGAGUAUGAUUACAAUUCUGAAGACGUGUACGAACCGGAUCCAAUGAACACGGCCUUGACACGAAUUUAUGAAAAACCCAUGGGGCCAAAUGGAGAACCAGUGCAGCAUGAACCAUUGGUUAAGAACGAUCGUGUAAUGACUCGUAUGAUUGAUCGAUAUAUGGAGAUGCAAUCGUCUUAUAUUCAUGAACGACGUCAAGUUGACUUGAUAGAGCAUUUAUGGGCGGGGAAAGGCAAUGACGGUGAAUGAAGUGAAGUGAAGAAGUUUGUUUUAUUUAUUAUGUUUAU